CUGCCUGCUGUGCCAAAAGAGGACAGACGCUCAGAGCCUGGUAGGAGGCUCGGCUCUGGCUGUCAGCUGAGAACUUACUCUGUUGCAGUUAACCUUCAAAGACAGUGGCACAUUGACACUGGGGUUAGUGGGAUCUGGGAAGACGUUACCCCGAUAAUCUGCAUCCUUCUGGGGCCUAAAAUCAGAAUGGAAACUCAACGUGAAAAAACACACACCUGUGGGACAAUUUGUCUGAAAUAUCUACUUUUCCUCUUCAAUAUUCUUUUCUGGCUGGCAGGAGGAGUGGUGCUGGCAGUGGGAGUGUGGACUCUGGUGGAAAAGAGCGACUACAUCAGUUUACUGAAUUCCAGCUUCUACUCAGUGUCCGCUUACAUCCUGAUAGCAGCUGGAGUCAUUGUGAUAAUGACCGGGAUAAUUGGAUGCUGUGCCACUCUGAAGGAGAUGAAGAGUCUUUUGAUCGUGUAUUUGAUCUUGCUGCUCUGUAUUUUCCUGCUGGAAAUCAUUGCCGGUGUCCUGGCCUACAUUACCUACCAACACUGUUUCCCUUUCUGCUACCAGCUGGAUGAGGAGCUCAGACAGAACCUGAUGGGAACCAUGCAGCAGAAGUACAAGCAGCCGGGACAGGAGAGCAUCACAGAGGCUGUGGACAAACUACAACAGGAGUUUAAGUGUUGUGGCAGUCACAAUUCCUCAGACUGGACGGACAGUGUGUGGAUCCAGUCUACCCAAAAUGUUGUUCCUGACAGCUGCUGUAAAACUCCCAGUGAACUCUGCGGCAUCAGGGACCAUCCCUCCAACAUCUACAAGGUGGAGGGAGGCUGCAUCAAGAAAUUAGAAGAGUUCAUCCUGAGUCAGCUAUAUAUUCUCAGUGCAGUGGGUAUUGGGAUUGCAUUUCUACAGCUGGUGGGGAUGAUGUUUACUUGCUGCCUUUAUCGGAGUUUGGAAGAAGAGCCGUACUGAUUUUGGACUUUCUUGAAUAUUCUAAAAUAUAGCACAUAAUGAACUGUAAAAUGUUCCCUUAGAUACUGCAAACAACAACAACAACAACAAAUAUUUCCACAGGUAUAUGUUGUGAAGGUAUAACUUCAAACUAUGAUAAGAUCAUUUUCAGAAUACACACAUUAGAGACUCUGUAAUGCUGCUGGACAGCACUGUUCUGUUUCCAUUGCAUGCCUCAUGUAUUCUCCAUUUUAUAUUACAGACAAUGAUAAAUGGAUUACCUUGCAACCAAAAACAAAUUUAAAAAAGCACAAAAUAUGAACAUGCUGUGGGUACUUUUGCAAUUGUGUUGGUUCUAUGGAUCACUUCAGAUAAAAUCAACCAAAUAUAAAGCCCUCAUGUCACCACAUCAGAAUAAGUAGAUUUUUUAUAUACAGUAACUAUAGUAUAUUUACUUAAUUCAUACAGUACUUUAGCUUCAUAGUAUGAAUAUUUUCUGAGUUACAGACUCUUGAAUUGCAAAGGAAAACACAUGAAAUUUUCUGGGAAGAAAAACACAUGUGAGCUCUGUUAAAAGUAGAUUUUCUAUAAUUAAAACAAUUUUGAGCAUUGUUAUGGAAUCUUUUAUAGUUUCAAUAGCAAAACUGCAGCAGUUUACUGUCAAUGACAGUAAAGUAAAUUAAUAAAAACAAUCGCUGGUAACCUG